AUGGUUGGCGCAAGUCCCAAGACCAAUGACUCUGCUCCUCACACGCCAAAGCAAUCACCACCACGCUCGUCGCCGUCUCGAUCACCUUUUCGUAGUCCCGACGAUGUGGACGCCGAUGAGCUCACGGCACUUAUUAAGGCAAUCAAGUUUGCACAUCCCGACUAUGGUGUCAAGCGCAUGCACGACAAAGUUGUUUCACAUGGUGGAAAAUUUGCGCGCGUGCCUUUUAAGCGCGUGAAACGAUACAUGCACAGACUCGGUAUGAAUUCACCAUCAGGGGAGGAAGACAAGACGCCUGUGAAGCUCAUGACUGUCGGUGGCAACUCAAAAUCGCUGCGAGAAGGAAGUGUCGACGUCGCUGGAGCUACCGAUGAUAUGGUGUGGCUACCUGUAAAGUUAGAUGAGCCUGCAUCGAAACUGGAAGAUUUUCCAUACCAGGCUGUGAUCCGCAUGACUACAAACGAGGAGGGUGAUGCCGAGGGAUCACUUGGUGAGAUUUACAAGAUUCAAGUGGCUGUUGAGUCCGAUGGAUCGUUGAGUACUAUCCAUCCCAUGUUGGUAUACAACAAAGCACGUUCUCGUAAAACGUUCUUGCACCCAGACUCGCCCGCUUAUCUUCCUGUACAACGACUGGUCACCGCACAAGGAAAGAUUGGUGCCGUGGGUGGAUCCAAAGCCUAUUUCUGGGGCCGAUACUUUAAAAUCGAAGAUAUGCUUUACAUAAAUACUGAGAAGAUCGCACCUGCGCAGAAAUGGUGA